CGUUGCUUUACAAAUUUUUACCCGCUUCAAAUAUGGCCGCCAGUCUCGGUUCUCUUUUACCACGGGAUCUGCGGCGACAACUCUGGCUACAGGCUCUCUUCCCAAAGUGCUUCCUCUCGCGUGGUUGUGGUUCUUAGCGCGCAGGCGCAAACGCGAGUCCUCUUCCGGUCAAAAUGGCGAUGAGACUGAUGUGCGGACGCCGGGAGAUUCUGCGCCUGCUACAGCCCGGGCGUCAGGUCCACAGCGUCGCAGGGCCCUUGCAAUGGCUCGGGAAACCGCUGACCCCGCGGCUCCUAUUCCCAGCCGCUCAGUGCUGCCGUCGCCCACACUACCUCUUUGCGGCUCCCGGCCCCCGCAACUUCAGUACCUCUGCCAUCUCGUUUGCAGAAGUCCAGGUUCAGGCCCCUCCUGUUGUUCCUGUAACUCCCUCACCUACAGCAGUACCUGAGGUGGCUUCUGGAGAGACUGCAGAUACAGUCCAAGCUGCUGCAGAAACGAGCUUCACUGAACUGGGGCUGGGUUCAUACACCCCAGUGGGACUGAUCCAGAACUUACUGGAAUUUGUGCAUGUUGAACUGGGCCUACCUUGGUGGGGGGCCAUUGCUACCUGUACAAUCUUAGCCCGCUGCCUGAUUUUUCCUGUCAUCUUGAAGGGCCAGCGAGAGGCAGUCAAGAAUCAAAAUCACGCACCAGAAAUCCAGAAGUUUACCACUCGAAUCAAAGAGGCCAGGUUGGCUGGAGACCAUGCUGAGUUUUACAGGGCUUCUGCAGAGAUGUCAAUUUACCAGAAAAAGCAUGAUAUUAGCUUUUUUAAACCUCUAAUUCUCCCUCUGACUCAGGCCCCAAUCUUCAUCUCCUUCUUCCUGGCUUUGAGAGAGAUGGCCCACCUUCCUGUGCCCAGCCUGCAGACAGGUGGCCUCUGGUGGUUCCAGGAUCUCACAGUAUCCGAUCCUAUCUUCGUGUUACCAGUGUUAGUCACUGCUACAAUGUGGGUUGUCCUUGAGUUAGGUGCUGAGACAGGUGUACAAAAUUCUGACCUUAAGUGGAUGAGAAAUGUGAUCAGACUGAUGCCCCUGGCAGCCUUUCCCGUAACUGUCCAUUUCCCCACGGCAGUGUUUAUGUACUGGCUCUCCUCCAAUUUGUUUUCCUUGGCCCAAGUGUCUUGUCUCCGGAUUCCAGCAGUACGCACUGUACUUAAAAUCCCCCAGCGUGUCGUACGUAACCCUGACACUUUGGCUCCACGGGAAGGCUUUCUAAAGAGCUUGAAAAGAGGCUGGAAAAAUGCUGAAUUGAUGCAACAGCAGCAAGAGCGAGAAUACCGCAUGCGGAAUCACUUGGAGCUAGCAGCCAAGGGUCCUUUACGACAGACCUUUACCCACAACCCGCUCCUACAACCUGUAAAGAAUAACCCUCCCAAUAUCCCUAGCAGCAGCAGCAGCAGCACCCGCAGCACCAGCAAACCAAAGUCAAAGUAUCCCUGGCGUGACACACUUGGCUGACUUAUGUUCCCUGCUCAUUCUGGGAGGAACUCUGUCUCUUCAAAGAUUCAUCCUCAAACAAGACUUGACACUGUGUCCUUGUCCCAGUCCUAGGACCUGUGGCAUACAGAGAUUUCAUUUUAAAAACUGAUUUCAUGACACACUCUCAUAUUUAUAAGACAGCACUGGGUAGCCAAGUGAUCUUCCCAUUCACAGAGUUAGUAAACUUCUGUACUACA